AUGCAGGUGUACACCGAGCUCGUGCCUCCUUCGGCCGUCACACACUCCUUGAGCUUGCCCUUGACUUCUGCCUCUGCCAGUAACCUUGUCGUCGCCAAAGGCUCCCUCCUACAGAUUUUUUCCACCAGAUCAAUCCCUGCCGAGCUUGAUCCUCAAGCCCAAGACGCGCAAUCCUCAGUCAAAGAAGGCCAUGUACACUUUGACCGCCGCGCCAACGACGACGAUGGCCUCGAAUCUUCUUUUCUUGGCGUCGAGUCACUCAUCGUUCGAGCCGACCCCUCCCAUAAUACCAAAUUAGUUCUCAUCAGCGAGAUUCCGUUAGCAGGGACUGUCAUUGGCUUGGCCAGAGUCAAAAUCAAGAAUACGCCAUCUGGAGGGGAAGCCUUGCUCCUGGCUUACAAGGCCGCCAAGAUGUGCUUGACAGAGUGGGAUCCUCAGAGGCAUACACUCGAAACCACAUCCAUUCAUUAUUACGAAAAGGACGAAUUACAAGGCGCGCCAUGGGAGAUGCCCUUUGGCGACUAUGUCAACUACCUCGAGGCUGAUCCUGGCAGCAGAUGUGUUGCCUUCAAAUUUGGAAGCAGGAACCUGGCCAUUUUGCCCUUUACUCAAAGCGAAGAGGAUUUGGAAAUGGACGAUUGGGAUGAAGACCUGGAUGGUCCUUGCCCCGUCAAGGAGGAGCCGCCCACUACCAACGGAGACGGUCCGGGAGAUCACGACCUGGUCAAAUCAAGAUACACUCCGUCAUUUGUCCUACGACUACCGCUUUUAGAUCCAUCGUUACUGCAUCCUGUACAUCUUGCCUUCUUGCACGAGUAUAGGGAGCCCACAUUUGGCAUUUUGUCCUCAAUGCAGUCACCAUCACCCGCGCUUGGUAUCAAGGACCACCUCACUUACAAGGUCUUUACUCUGGAUCUGCAACAAAGAGCAUCAACAACUAUUCUGUCGGUCACGGGUCUCCCACAAGACCUUUUCAGAGUCAUUGCCCUUCCUGCCCCCAUGGGAGGGGCCUUGCUCGUGGGCGAAAAUGAGCUUAUCCACAUUGAUCAGUCUGGCAAGCCCAAUGGUGUGGCUGUCAACGACAUGGCAAAGCAAAUGACAUCAUUCAGCCUAGUUGACCAAUCUGAGUUGGGCCUUAGACUUGAGGGCUGUGCAGUUGAACUGUUGGCAAAUGAUAUUGGUGAGCUGCUCUUGAUUCUGAAUGAUGGGCGUCUAGCCAUCAUUUGCUUCCAUAUCGACGGCCGCACCGUGUCUAAGAUUUCCAUUAGACUUGUUAGUGCUGAAUGCGGAGGAAAUUUGAUAAAAAGCCAAGUGUCUUGUAUUUCGAAAUUAGGCAGCAAUACCCUGUUUUUGGGCAGUGAAAGCAAUGACUCCAUUGUGCUGGGCUGGUCGAGAAAACAGGGCCAGGAGAAGAGAAAGAAGUCGCGGCUCCUGGAUCCCGACCUUGCUUUGGAUGUUGAUGAUCUCGACCUGGAUGACGAUGAAGAUGACGAUCUCUAUGGAAACGACUCUAGCCUGGCCAAGCCCAGCCAAACCAUCAACGGGAGCUCCAAGCCGGGCGAAGUCAGCUUUCGCGUCCAGGAUACCCUUUUGAGUAUCGCACCCAUUCGCGAUGUUGCUUGUGGCGCUCCUGCAUUUGUGCCUGACAGCGAGGAAGCAACACUGUCCAAAGGUGUUACUGCAGAGCUGGAGUUGGCAUGCGCAGUUGGGCGAGGGUUCAGCGGUUCAGUGGCAAUCCUCAAUAGAGAAAUCCAACCCAAGGUCAUUGGUAGAUUUGAUUUCCCGGAAGCACGGGGCUUCUGGACCAUGUGCGUCAAGAAACCCUUGUCAAAGGGCGCAGCGGUAGCAAGCGACUACGAUACUACUGCACAAUACGACAAGUACAUGAUCGUGGCCAAGGUUGAUCUUGACGGCUAUGAGACCUCAGAUGUAUAUGCAUUGACGGCGGCUGGGUUCGAGACGUUGAAAGACACCGAGUUUGAACCAGCUGCCGGAUUUACUGUGGAAGCCGGAACAAUGGGCAAGCAGAUGCGAAUCAUUCAGGUUCUCAAAUCCGAAGUUCGAUGCUAUGACGGGGAUCUUGGAUUGAGCCAAAUCCUCCCAAUGUUGGAUGAAGACACAGGGGCGGAACCGCGAGCUACGAGUGCUAGCAUAGUCGACCCAUAUCUGCUUCUGAAUCGAGAUGAUAGUAGCAUCUUUAUCGCCCAAAUACAUAGCAACAACGAACUAGAGGAGGUCUUCAAGCCAGAUGGGACCCUCAAGUCGACCAAAUGGGCUUCAGGAUGCCUGUACAAUGAUACGCAGGGGAUCUUCCAGAGUAAUGUCAACAAACAGAAAGCUGACGCAGCGGAUCGAAUCAUGAUGUUUCUGCUUAGUUCGGCUGGUGCCUUGCAUGUUUACGCACUGCCUGAUGUGUCCAAACCUAUAUUUGUUGCAGAGGCUCUUACUUCGAUCCCACCCUUCUUGUCUGCAGCCUUUGUAGCCAGAAAGGGGGCAAGCAAAGAAAGCAUUACGGAAAUCCUUGUGGCUGAUUUGGGCGAUGCCAUUUCACAGACGCCAUACCUGAUUGUACGGCAUGCUAGUGAUGACUUGACCAUCUACGAACCUGUACGAUGUCAAGAAGAGGGCGACGCCGAGUUGUCAGCCUCUUUGCUUUUCAAAAAAUGUGUCAACACAUCACUUGCUAAGACGGCUCCAGAGGUGUCCGAGGAUGACGCAGAACCGCCGCGAUUCGUACCACUGCGACGGUGUGCAAAUGUGAAUGGCUAUGGCGCCGUCUUCCUCCCGGGUGCCUCGCCAAGUUUUGUGUUAAAGAGUAGUCAUAGUGAGCCGCGGGUGAUAGGCCUGCAAGGCUUGGGCGUUCGAGGAAUGAGCACGUUUCACACCGAGGGCUGUGACCGAGGAUUCAUUUACGUCGACGUGGAGGGUAUUGCCCGAGUAACGCAGCUUCCAAGUAACGCCAGCUUCACUGACUUGGGAGUGUCUGUCAAAAAGAUAGCAUUGGACGGUGAUGUGGGCAUGAUUUCAUAUCACCAUCCCACGGGCACUUAUGUGGUUGCCUGCACCAAGCUGGAGCCAUUCGAACUUCCUCGAGAUGAUGAUUAUCACAAAGAAUGGGCAAAGGAGACGAUCAAGUUUCCGCCAACCACGGCGCGAGGCAUCUUGAAGCUCAUUAACCCUGUAACAUGGACGGUAAUCCAUGAGCUGGAGCUAGAGCCUUGCGAAUCAAUUGAGAGCAUGAAGACUCUACAUCUUGAGGUGUCAGAAGAAACCAAGGAGAGGAAAAUGCUCGUCGCUGUUGGCACAGCGCUGUCCAAGGGAGAAGAUCUGCCUACCAGAGGACGAGUGCAGGUGUUUGACAUUGUGACAGUGAUUCCAGAACCAGGGAGGCCAGAGACAAACAAACGCCUCAAGUUAAUCGCCAAGGAGGAAAUACCCCGAGGUGGCGUGACGGCUUUGUCGGAAGUCGGGGCGCAGGGAUUGAUGCUCGUUGCCCAAGGCCAAAAAUGCAUGGUCCGCGGUCUCAAGGAAGACGGAUCUCUUUUGCCUGUAGCGUUUUUGGACAUGAACUGCCACGUAGCCAGCGUCAAGGAACUCCCUGGGACAGGCCUCUGCGUCAUGGCAGAUGUGUUCAAGGGCCUGUGGUUCGCAGGAUAUACCGAAGAGCCCUACACGUUCAAGAUACUGGGCAAAAGCAGCGGCAAGCUGCCCCUUUUGGUGGCCGACUUCUUACCCGACGGCGAGGACUUGUCCAUGGUGGCGGUCGAUGCAGAAGGAGACAUGCACAUAUUGGAAUUCAACCCAGAACACCCCAAGUCGCUGCAGGGCCACCUGCUCCUUCACCGGACAUCCUUUGCCGUCACGCCAAACACACCCACAUCGACACUUCUCCUGCCGCGAACCCAUUCCCCAUCCUAUCCACACGCUUCGUCAUCGUCACACAUGCUUCUGCUGGCCUGCCCCUCGGGCCAGGUUGCUGCCCUCUCUCCUCUCGCCGAAUCCACGUACCGGCGAUUAUUGUCGGUGACGAAUCAGUUACACCCCGCGAUUGUUGCCCACUGCGGUCUUCACACCAAAGCACACCGGUAUCCGGACCAGUCAUGCGUAGCCGUGGGCGUGGAAACAGCAGCGUCGUCGGGCAGGGCUUUGGUCGACGGCACGGUAUUAGCCAGAUGGAGCGAGUUGGGGGCCGCAAAGCGGACAGACGUUGCGCUAAGAGGAGGCUACGAUAGCGUCGCUGAUUUGCGCGACGACUUGGAAGGUGUACUCGGAUGGUCUGCAAUGGCGUACUUUUAG